AAAUUAUGAGUGCCAAGAGAUUCAAAAAGAAUGAUCUAGUAAAGAUCACAAACGAUGCUGGAGACACCCAGAUAGUCAGGGUAACCAAAGUAAACAGAAAUGGCAUAGUAGGAGACUCUUACAACUACGAAAAGGAUUAUAAAAGAGAGGAUGCUGCUUCGUAUAAGAUUCAUGAGAAGAACAUAUCUAUUAAGAAGAAAGACGCAGAAAAGGUUGAAGGAACUAUGAUGCAAUCUAAUCUUAGAGUCAAGGUCGUUAACAACCAAGCAGGCAACUCCUCAGAUGAAGAAGAGAAGAUUGAUACAUCUAGGAGAGGAAGAAAGAGAGGAAGAGCAUCCAGGAGCAAGGGAAGGAAAGAUCCACAGCCUGAGUCUGAACAAGAGUCAAAAGUAAUCAAAGCUCCAGAUGGUAGAAGAGUUGUAACCAAGAGAGGCCAAGGAAAUAAACCACCCAUAGCAGAGAAGAAGAGUAAAGUCAUACUUAAAUUAGAGGCUAAGGAUCCUAAAGAUCUUACUGAAGAGGAACGCCAAAAGCUGGAGCGUAAUAGAAUUCGUGAGGAGAAGAAGAAAGAGAGACAGAGGAAGAAAGCUCUCAAACAAAUAGAUCCCAAGCCAGAUAUUGAGCUGGUCGAGAUAAACCCGAUCAUCGAAGAUGAGGAGUCUAAGAGAUUAGAAGAGUUCCCGCUUGAAGGAUGUUCGAAGUUUUCUGAUAACCGCAAGUUCCUGUACUACUACCACCAAGGGAAAUCUAACAAGAAGGCGAGGGCCGAACUUGAGAAGCUGAUUAUAAAGGACCGGACUCUUUCAAACCCAUUCCAACCUUACUCUUUGGGACUUCAAAAAGAUAUCUUUGAUUUCGCGGUUGAAGAUGGAGAUCUUAAGUUAAUAGAUAUCCUUAUUAAGGAAGAAACUAAGAACAACAAAGGUGCCAAUCAGAGACCCACCUUACCAGCAGUCUCUUUGAGCAGUGUAGGCACUGGCCAGUUUAACAAAUAUCAGUUUGGGUUCAAGACUAGAGCAGUCUCUCUUGCAAGAGGUGGAAAGGAAGGAAAUAAUGCAUUCACCCAUGAUAAUGCUUUGAUGAAUGCAAGCCCAUCCUUCUAUGAUGUUCAGAGCCUUAUUGAGAAAGAUACAGAUUGGAAGGUCUUUCAGCAUCUUAUCAUGAACAAGAUCAUCUAUGAAAAUGAUCUUUUUAAUUACAUCUACUUAAUGGUUAGAAGAGGAAACAUAGAUCUUUUAAAAAGCACAACAAAGAAAAAUGGCCCUGGAUUAUUUCAAAAGGCUUGUGACAAUAUGGGGUAUGGCUUCAAUAGGUACCACUACCAAGCACUUGAUGAUGAUAUUGAAGGUAAAAUUAACAAGCUAAGUAUGCUGAAGAGGCCUCACACCAAUCAUAUGAUCAAUCCACUGCAUGUGGCUUGUAUCAACCCCAAUAUUACUUGAUUAAGGAAGUAUUAUUUGGCAAAUCCUGAAUAUUCAGCUGCUGAUGAUGAGCAGAGGAAGCUGAUUCAUUAUGCUGCUGCUAAUCCUACUAAUGCAGCUUUAGAAUUUUUGAUAUCCAAGGGUAUCCCAGCCAACGACAAAGACAUGAAGAUGAUGACUCCCCUCAUGAUUGCUUGUGAGUUAGGCAGAACUGAGAAUGUUGAGUUCUUGGUCGAACAACAGCAGAAGGCAAUCGAAGCCUUGGAUAAGAAGGAUGAAGAUUUUGAGCUCAUGAAAAGCUCAUCAGAUUUUGUCGGGACUAAAGGUCCAUUUGGAAAUUAUCCUAUCCAUUAUGCAGUGAGGUCAGGAAAUUUUGACACUGUUAAGGCCUUAGUCGAAGGAGCUGGUGAAGACAUUGAUCUCAAUGUCAAGACCACUGCUGGAGAGUCUCCAAUCACACUCGCAUGCAUUUCGGGUUCUUUUGAAAUUGUAGAAUACUUGUUAGACCACAAUGUCGAGUUGCAUGAGACAAAGAAACAAAAGAAGAGUCCAUUGAUUUGGGCAGCUCAAAAUGGACAUAUCCAUGUUGUUUCCUUACUUUUGAGACAUGGUAUCCAUCCGGAUGUUCAUGACUCUUCCGGAAAUACUGCCACCCAUUAUGCAGCAGGAUAUGGAUGGUUAAACGUUAUGAAGUUCUUGAUCGAAAAUGGAGCACAUCCAGAUUUGAAAAACGAUUGGAACAGUAGUCCAGCAAUGAUUGCAAUGCUCAAGAAUCAUUUCGGUUGCUUAGACUACCUGAUGGAACUUGAAGAUGUAGACAAAUCCAUGGUUGACAACGAGGGCAGAUCAGUGAUCUCCCAACUAUGUAUGAACUAUAACCCAGACACUCUUGAACAAAUAAAAUACAUGGAUAAAUUUAAGAAUCUAGAUUAUUGCUCUAGAGAUGCUAACGGUUGGACUUGCCUUCACUUCUUGGUCGCAAAUUCAGCUGAUAUGUACAAGUUACAGCAAAACAUUGCUGAAAGAGAGAAGGCAAGGAAGAAAGAGCUUGAGAAGAAACUAGGCAUCAAGAAAAGCAACUUACAACCCCACUCUAUAUAUGCCACUAAAGCGAAACUUACCAAAAGAAGCUCUAAAAGACCUGCUUAUACCAGUGCCAUGGAAGUCGAUGGUGAGCCUGAAGAGGAACAAGACGAUGACCAUAAAGAGCUUAACUCAAUUAGAGAGUAUUUUGACCAAAGUCUUGUCAAACACAGAGAGAUGCUGGUUGAGGAAAGAGAGAGAUUUGAAGACGGAAUGCUUGAAUGCGUCGAACAUAUCUAUUCAAAAGGACUCAAAGAAGAUGUCUUGUCCUAUGAAAAUGAGUCUAUUAUCAGUAUUGCCAUUAGUUCAGGCAACUUUAAGGUUGCAAUUUGGAUGAUCAAUAAACUUUGUGACGGAGAUGUUCCAAAAGAAGUUUUUAAUAAUAGUCAAAGCAAUGAUAAUAAUCAGAAUAAUUCAUGCUUAAGUUUCUUCUUCGAUCUUGUGAAUACUUCACAAGGAAUGAAGUAUGAGCCCCUUAUUGAACUCUUCACAAAGAGAUGUUCAAAUGAGCAACUAGAAAUGAUUCUAAAACAGAAGAGAGGGAUGAAAAAUCCAAUAAUGCAUCAUUUAGCCUGUCAACCAACAAACAGAUAUAGCGAUCCUAAUAACCCUAUUGGAGAGUAUGAGAAGGAAAACUUUAUGAAUUACUUACAUAUCUUACUCGGAAUUGCUAAGCAAUGCGAUUUCGAAAUCUCUUCUCCCAUAGAAUUUGACAAAACCCAAGCUUAUAACUUGCCAAAUGCCACUCAGGAGGAGGUCAACAAAUUCUUUGAAGAAGUGAAUGAGGAGAAAUACGAUGAAAUGGUCAACGACUUCGGUCUUUUAAAUCUUGAUUCAGGAGAUCAUCCAGUUUAUUUAGAUCCUGAUUGUGGAAUCAACGAAUAUCAGUGUCGUGAUGUUAAAUCUAACCUCUUACACACACUAGUUCAGACGAUCGGAGCAACUGCAGGAUACAAUGAUGAUGAAGAUGAAUACGAUGAUUACUAAAAAUAGUUGCUAAAAUUUACCUAAA